AUGAGUGCCGAUCAACUUGAGAUCAAGCUUCAUAAUGAGGCAAGGGAAUUUACUACAUUGAGUAAUCUUCCCUUACUGGAGAUAACCAAUGAGAAAUAUGACCGAGUUAUAUUUUUGCUUCAUGGGUUUCCUGAUUUGAACACUACAUUUAAUAAAGCAUGGCCGUAUUUGUUAGAUCACUACAAAAGUCGAAAUGAGGUUGUAUUGCUACUUGCACCUAAAUUGAGAGGAUACGAGAGAUCGAGUAUUGGUCCUGAGCAUGAGUAUAUGUUACCGUAUUUAGCAAGCGAUGUUAAAGCUUGGAUUUUGGAAAUUAACCCUAAUUUGAAUAAACCUGUACAUUUGUUAGGACACGAUUGGGGGGCCAUAAUAGCAUUCAAAGUUGCCAACCUAUACCCCGAGCUAAUCACUUCAAUGGUCAAUUUAGCAAUUCCCUAUUUGGCUAAUAUACACAUUUGGGAGUUGUUGUGGUAUGCACCUGAACAAUUUUAUUUGUCGACAUAUUUCCUUACUAUGCAAUAUGGACUUGUUUAUAAAUCUAAAUUGACCGAUUCAAACGAUUAUUUAACAAAACUAUGGAAAUACUGGUCGCCAGGGUAUGAUGUUUCAAAACAGGAGAUUUCUGAGAUUAGAGAUGCGUUUGCAAAAGACGGUGUUGUUGAUGCUGUAACCGCAUAUUACCGUCAUUUAUUGAGACCAAUAUCCCUUUUCAAAUCCAGAUGGCCGGUUGAUUUUGACAAAGUGCCUGCUCUUAUCAUGAUUGGCAAAGAUGAUGGAUGCAUGUCGAAUAGAAUUGCUGAGUAUGAGGAGAAAAAAUUGAAAUCAAAAUAUCCAAAAGCCCAAGUGAAAGUAUUGCCAAACUCAGGCCAUUUCUUGCAUCGAGAACAACCUGAAACUGUAGCCAAGAUUGUUACAGAUUUCUUUGACUCUUUUGCUUAA